AUGGCGAAUAAUAACUCUUCGAACACUGAUUCUUCUAUUCCUGGACACCAAGAUCGGAGUAAACGAAAACAACUUGACUUUCUCAAAGCUGGUCCAUCUAUUAUUCGUGAUGAAUUUUCCGCUUCCAGUGAAGACGAAGUCUCGAAUAUGUUAUUAUCAAAGAAGCAAUUGUCAUCUCAAAGCAAAUCUUUUCAUUUUCCAGCUAAAGUGGAUAAGAAGGAUGAAAUUGGAAGGGAGAAGAAUCUAAAGCCUUCCUAUAAUUCAAUGGAUUUUGAUGAAUUUUCUGAUUUUAAUGAUGAAUUGGAGAUAGAAAAUCAUCCAAAGCUUGAUGCAAUGAAAACGAACGAGAAGAAUCAAUUUUCGAACUAUCUUGAUGCUGAAUUCUCAUCGUCCGAUGAUACUGAAUUUUCGUUAACUAAUUAUUCUGAUUUUCCACGGUCUAAAGAAGAAUCAGUAACGGCGUUCAAAAAUGUUAUUUAG